GGGGCAGAUGCUGCGACUCAACAUGGCAAAUCCCUGGAAGGGAGAGCAACAGCUCAUAUAGCUCCGGCAACCAGCGGCGGGGCGCGGGGGGCUCUGACAGGGGCCAGUUGUGAGCAUUGCCUUGGAAUGCGGGUGUGGAGGGUAAGAGAACAACCCAAGGGACCCGAGAUCUGGAAAGGAGCCGUUCUGAAUAAUACCAGCGAUCCUACGAGAAGAGUAUGCUCGCUCGGGGCGGAACUCGCUACAUCACAAUAAUCCGUGCUGCUGUCAUCUAGAUUGAACGUUUGCUGACCGCAAAAAUCUUCUUCCACCGAGACCGCUCUCUAUCGUCAGUCUCCAAACUUUUUCAACGGAUCCUGAAAACCUCCCCAUAAUCAUGAUGUUUCGCGAUCAAGUGGGAAUGCUUUCUGGAUGGUUUAAAGGCUGGAAUGAAUGCGAACAGACUGUUGCUCUACUUUCUCUCCUCAAAAGGGUUAGCACAACCCAGGCUAGAUUCCUUCAAAUCUGCCUCGAGCAUUCCUUAGUAGAUUGUACAGAGCUGCACAUGCUUGAAGGGGAAGCGAAUAAUCCAGCAAUCAUUAACCAGUGGCAGCAUGAAUCCAAGGACAAAGUGAUUUCUCAGCUAUUAACCCACUUGCCUUUACUGAAACCUGGAAACAUGGAUGCGAAAGUGGAGUACAUGAAGCUGUUGCCAAAAAUACUGGCUCAUUCGAUCGAACACAACCAGCAUAUAGAAGAGAGCCGCCAGUUACUGUCGUACGCGUUGAUACACCCGGCCACGUCUCUGGAUGACAGGAGCGCGUUGGCCAUGUGGCUGAACCACCUGGAGGACCGCACGUCGGGUAAUUUUGGCCCCCAAAGCAGGUGUCGCUCAGACUCCUUAGACUACGGACAGAUGCAUUAUUACCACCAAAGACAGAACUCCGACGACAAGCUUAACGGCUGGCCGAGUUCUCGAGACUCGGGAAUCUGUGUCAGUUCCUCCAGCUGGCAGGACAAGAACGUGGGCUGUGAGAAUGGACAUUUGACGCUUUAUUCUUCCUCCUCCGUCCCCUCCACGAUCAAUGCUGUUGGAACAAAUACAAGCACAAUGCUCUCAGGCCAGACGCAUCACAGCCCUUUGAAACGAUCUGUGUCCCUUACCCCACCCAUGAAUGUGCCAAACCAGCCUUUAGGACACGGAUGGAUGUCUCACGAGGAUUUACGAGCCAGAGGAUCCCAGGGUGUUCCAUCCGAUCAUGCCCCCCUGUCUCCACAAAGCAGCGUGGCUUCUUCGGGGAGCGGUGGGAGCGAACACUUAGAUGAUCAGUCUGCACGCAAUACAUUCCAAGACGAAGGUAGCGGUAUGAAAGAUGUUCCUGCCUGGCUUAAGAGUCUUCGUCUGCACAAGUACGCAGCUCUCUUCUCCCAGAUGACGUAUGAAGAAAUGAUGUCGCUCAACGAAUGUCAGCUAGAGGCACAGAAUGUCACCAAAGGCGCAAGGCACAAAAUAGUCAUCAGCAUCCAAAAGCUAAAAGAGAGACACAAUCUCUUGAAGUCUCUAGAAAGGGACAUCCUAGAUGGAGGAAAUCUACGAGGUCCUUUACAGGAGCUGCAGCAAAUGAUACUUACGCCCAUUAAAGCUUACUUGCAAAGCUCCUGCCCCGAGGAUCGGAACCGGGCGCCCGAUUCCCAGACUUCAUUAAUGAGCACAGAGAGUCAAGGAUCGGAGAGCAAGGACUCUGCCUCUGGAGGGUUACAGCAGCACCAUCUGGGGAACUGCGAGGUGGAGAGCGGUGCCGUCCCGUUACCCGAAGGUGACCUGCCUGGGCAGUUCACGAGAGUUAUGGGUAAAGUCUGUACUCAGCUCUUAGUUUCCCGACCUGAUGAAGAAAAUAUCAGUUCUUAUUUACAACUGAUUGACAAAUGCCUCAUACACGACGCAUUUACAGAGACGCAGAAGAAGAGAUUGUUGUCAUGGAAACAGCAAGUGCAGAAACUCUACAGGUCUUUCCCUCGGAAAUCCCUCUUGGACGUCGCUGGGUACCGCCAGCCAAGAAAUUUUGAUGUGUUGAUUGGCAGUCGAGGCUUCGGACAGUCCAACUCCUUACCGACAGCUGGAUCUGUGGGUGCAGGAAUAGCCAGAAGAAAUCCCCGGCAGUUCCAGAUUCCAUCCCGAAAUCUUCCAAGUGCUCGUCUCGGUGUACUGGGUCCCAGCAGCCUUCUGGGGGCAGCACAGCGAACAACGGCCAGCACCCCUUCAAUACUGAAGCAAGGGAGGCAGAAUCUGUGGUUUGCAAACCCCGGGGGGAGUAACAGCAUGCCAAGCCGAAGUCACAGCUCCGUGCAGAGGACCCGGUCGUUACCUGUCCAUACAUCACCGCAGACCAUGCUUAUGUUUCAGCAACCAGAUUUCCAGGUCCCCGUUACAGAGCCAGACAUCAAUAACAGGCUGGAAUCGCUGUGUCUGAGUAUGACGGAGCACGCUCUCGGCGAUGGUGUUGAUAGAACUUCUACGAUCUAGAAGCAGGAAGGUACUUUGUGACCGCGCAGGGCGUGACACAGAGAACUGCAGGUCCGGUGUCAGGAAUCGGAGACCCUCUUUUCCGGAUACGCCAAACAAGAAUCUGCCUUUUUAUUUUAUUUUUUAUUUUAAAAGAAAACAAAAUUGUGAAGGCAUAAGCUGCGCUUGCAGGCAGAUCACAUGGUGUUCAUUAUUUUAUUGAAAAAUAUAUUUUAGAUGGCUUUGGUUUCCGGAAUGAAAAGCAAUCUGUUAUGAACAAGGAAACUUUCACAAUGUGAUUAUUGAAAAUCAUUUUUGGUUUGAAGGCCAGAGACACAUCUGACCCGUUCUAAGUGGGCUCAGUAUGUGUGACCAAAGGCUUUAAAGGGGGUGCUGCUUGUAUUGCUUAUUAUACUUAUUUACGUUGUCUUGGGUUUGUUUGGCAUUCAGAUUAGGAAAAUUGGUUGCCCCCCCCCCCAAAUAAAUAUCACUUAUGUUUACAUAAAA